AUCAUACAGAGCACCAAAAGGAAGUGGAGAAACUAGAGGGGAAAUUAAAUGCUCAGAGACAAAAACAAGAGAAAGAACUUAAAAAGAGGCUGAGAGAUAAGCUUUCACAGAGAGAAAAAUCUUUUCAACAUUUACAAGAAGAGCAGUUACGUCAUGUAGCUGAUGGUCAACUUAACAACUUGGCUGCCAAGAUUAGAAUAGCUGCUUUGAAACACAAACAGAUGAUGGAAUUGGAAGAAUUCAGGAGAAAUAUGGAAGUAGAGAUUGGUCAAACUUUGGAAGACCUUAGAAGAUCGUAUGAAGUUAAGAGACUCCAACUGUUACAAGAACAGGAAAUUGAUUUCAUUGCAAGCCUUGUCAGACACGGCGGGUAUGAGAAGAAUGAAUUACAGGGUAUCUUACUGCUGCUCUUCCCGAAUAAGUCGGAUGAGCAAAUUCGUGAAGUUCUUGAGAGAAUAUACAAGGCGACAGAGAGUGAUGAUGAUAUAGGAGAUGUAGCAGCAGGAAACGUAAAACAAAGGCUGGGUAAGAUGCAUGAUAAAAAUCACUUGCUGUGA